UUUUUAGCAGAGCUCUCCGAGGCUGCCAUGUUGUCUGCGAGGCAAACGUCUCUCCCCCGGAGCAGAGAGGCACUGAGUCACGGUCCUGGUCUCUGCAGCUGUGCGGCUCUCAGGUUCAACGUGUUGCUUAAUUAGGACAUCCCGGAAGAGGAGCCGGUGCAGCGCGCAGCUGAGUGACGGGGCAGGGGAGCAGGAGGGGACCGCAAGACAGCAGCGAACUGCCACGAAUCCGUCCCGGCGUAAUCACACCCCUAAAGAUCCGGACAGAAAUUUACCGCGGACCAGACCAGGGAGGUUUGUCUUCAUGGAAGGAUUAAUGCAGCGCCUGGAGCGAGCUGUGACUCGCCUCGAGCAGAUGUCAGCGCAGGCGUCCAGCGGGAUGGCCAACGGGGACUGUGUCAACGGCAUUGAUGGAGGUCUGUCUCAGUGCGUGGAGGCCUUCGACGUGCUGAUGAGUGGCCCGGUGUCAGACUACCUGAACAACAGCCGCGCCAUAGGGAGCGAGGUGGAGAAGCAUGCAGAGAUGGUGAUGAACGCCUUACAGACUCAGAGAGCUUUCAUCAAGAUGGCUGCCACACACCAGGAACCAGCGCAGACAGAGCUCCAGGACCUCUUGAAGCCAAUUUCAGAUCACAUCCAGGAGAUUCAGAGCUUCAGAGAAAGAAACCGUGGCAGCAGCCUCUUCAACCACCUUUCAGCCGUCAGCGAGAGCAUCCCCGCACUGGGCUGGGUGGCCGUGAGUCAGAAGCCUGGUCCAUAUGUAAAGGAGAUGAACGAUGCUGCCACCUUCUACACCAACAGAGUGCUUAAGGACUACAAGGAAACAGACAGACGCCAUGUGGACUGGGUGCGCUCCUACCUGUUGAUCUGGACUGAGAUGCAGGCGUUCAUCAAACAGCACCACACGACAGGUCUGGUGUGGAGCAAGAGUGGCCCCAUCGCUCCUGCUUCUCUCUUUGAUUCGCCCCCAGCCCCGAAUGCACCCUGUCCACCUCCACCACCUCCUCCACCCCCUGGCCCUCCUCCGGUGUUCACCGAUGACGACGCCAAGCCUCAGGCGGACGCCGCCGUAGCCCAGCACUCCGCGCUAUUUGCCCAACUCAACCAGGGCAUGGACAUCACUAAAGGUCUGAAGCAUGUGUCAGAUGACCAGAAGACCCACAAGAACCCCAAUCUGCGUUCUCAACAACCAACAACAGCCAAAGGCAAGAACGCGGGGCCUGUGGCUUCACCCACUACACCUGCCCAGAAAAGACCCCCUCUGCUGGAGCUGGAGGGGAAGAAAUGGAGGGUGGAAAACUUUGAGCAGAAGCACGACCUGGUGAUCGAGGAGACGGAGCUUAAACAGGUGGCGUACGUCUUCAGUUGUAAUAACUCCACCCUGCAGAUUAAGGGCAAAAUAAACUCCAUCAUCAUUGACAACUGUAAGAAGCUGGGUGUGGUUUUUGAGAACGUUGUUGGGAUCGUGGAGAUCAUUAACUGCAAAUCGAUUCAGUUGCAGGUUUUGGGAACAGUUCCCACCAUUUCCAUCAACAAGACCGAGGGCUGCCAGGUCUACCUGAGUAAGGACUCCGUCAGCUGUGACAUUGUCAGUGCCAAGAGCUCUGAGAUGAACAUCAUGAUACCUGAAGGAGAGGACGAUUACAGGGAGUUCCCAGUGCCGGAGCAGUUCAAGACUGUGUGGAAUGGAGCCAAACUGGUGACAGAACCCACGGAGAUCGCAGGCUGACUUUGUCGUCCAUAGAACACAAAUAUAUUUCCGUCCUCCUGAUGUUAUCCCUCAGACAUACAGUGCUGUGAAAAGUACUUUCCCCCUUCAUAACUUUUUUUGUAUAGUUGUCACAUGUUUUUAGAUAAUGAAACUUUAAUCAAGUUUUAAAAUUAGAUAUAUUGUUCUCUGCUGACCAAACAGAACACAAAGGCUCAUCUCGUGCCAAAAAUCAUCCUGGUGGCCCCUGAGACUUUUGAGCAAAUAUUCUGUGGGCUGACAGGACAAAAGCUGAACUUUCUAGAAAGAUUGAGCCAUUUAAACUAACACAGCAUUUCAUAAAGAGAAGAUCAUACCAAAAGUAAAACGUGGUGGCAGUGGUUGCUUUGCAGCUUCGGGACCUGAAUGACUUCUGGGCGACUCUGCUCUCUACCAGAAAAUGUUGACGGAGAAUCUUCGGCCAUCAACGGUGCUCAGGAAACUCAAGGACAUUUGGCUUAGUCAGUAGGACAAUGAUCCAAAAUACAUCAGGAAGUCCACCUCUGAAUGGCUCAAAAACCAAAAACAAAUAGAAGGUUUUGGAGUAGUCCAGUCAAAGUCUGAACUUAAAUCAGACUGAGAUGCUGUGGCACGACCUUUAACACAUUGGAGAGUCUUCAAUGUGGCUGAAUUAAAAGAAUUCUGCAAAGAUGAGUUGUCCAAAAUCCCUCCACAA